UCUGCUGUAGGGGAGGGGGACUCCAUUUACGAGAAUUCGAUAAACUCCCGCAAGGGGUCGAUGGCCUGGAUCUCUUCCGUCCGGUUGCUGCAGAGUAGUUAGUAUCAUGAUCCUUGACCUUUCUGUCAUGCGAUAUUAGAUCUCUACGUAAUGGCUGUAGGUCCAUUUCUCGGUAUAUUAAAGGGAUUGAGUAUGAAAUAUAAUCUCCACUGCCACCCUCAACUUCCGUCACUCGUUACAACAUGAAGACAGACACUAUCCUGACGUUCGCUGUCACAAUCGCCACUGCGGUGGCAGAUCUUCCUCUACCAAGCCUGACAUCUUCUCCCCCUCCGCCGCCACAAUGGACAAUUCCGUGCUCGAUGGGCGGAUCAUGUCCGUCCCCAUUUACAUGCACACCGACAAUGCCAUCGCCGAGUAGCGGUCCCUGGGGCGGGCUGUGCGUCUCGUUCCCGACCCCGACCCCCUCGUCCAGCUCGCCCGAUCCACCGCAAUGGACGGUUGCAUGCACAGGAGGGGCCGGCGGAGAUUCCUGUCCGCCUCCGUUGGUAUGCAAGCAAACACUGAAGGCUCCGCCCGGGGCGACGGUAUUUGGCGGGGUGUGCUAUACAGUGGAGCCGACACCGACGCCCUCGUCCUCACCGCCGCCACCGCAAUGGACGGUUCCGUGUACGAUGGGCGGAUACUGUCCACCGCCGCUGACGUGUACCCCGACGAUGCCGGCACCAACGGGUGGUCCAUGGGGCGGGUUGUGCUUCUCCGCGCCAACGCCACCGCCCUCCUCGUCCUCGCCGCCACCACCGCAAUGGACAGUCCCAUGUACGAUGGGGGGAUACUGCCCAUCGCAAAUGACAUGCACGCCGACGAUGGUACCCCCUACAAGCGGCCCAUGGGGCGGCCUUUGCAUCACGACGCUCGUCCCAUCGAGUCUUGCGCCCUGCACAAUGAGCCGGCCUUCUCCGGCGUGCCCGACCGGCUCGACGUGCACGCCGACGAUGGUGUGCACCAGCGGUCGUCCGUGUGGGGGGUUAUGCCUCUCCACGCCGACUCCCCCGAGUUCGAGUGCGCCGCUAAGUUCUACGCCGUUGAAACGGUGCCGAGGGGGGAGGUUUAAAGAAGACUGCGAGGAAGGGCAGAUCUGUACGGAGAUACGGGGGUCAAAGGACAAGAAGUUUUGCGUCGACACGUGCGGAGGGUUCGUUGGCAAGCAGUGCCCGGGGGGAAGGAGGUGUGUCGACCUGCCAGGGGACGGUUGUGAUCCGAAGAGAGGCGGUGCCGACUGCCGCGGCAUCUGUGUGUAGAGAAUUCAUAAGACCGGUCCUGCAAUUCACGGCAACGAAGCAAUGAUGCG